AUGAUCGAACGUGCAGAUCAAACGCAACUAAGUUCGAACUUCGAAGAUGCUGCCAACAGCAACAAAAACUAUUGCUGUGCAAUUUGUUUGCUGCUGUGCGUUUUAUGCGUGGCACAGUCGCUGCCGCUUGCGCGUUUAAGUCGCGAUGUUUCACACUUGCCGCUGGAGUAUUUGCCACCUGUGGUGCUGCCACCGCUGCCUAGUCGCGACUACUUGCCACCUGUGGAACAGCAUGCCGCAAGCUUGUCGCAUGUGCUGCAACCGCCGCAUGACUACUUGCCACCCAACAAUGAGUACUUGCCACCAGCUGAGAAGCUGCAAGAAGCGACAACAGAGGAGGUGCCAACAACAACUGAAAUUGCAACUACAGCUGAGCCUGAGUCUGAGGCAGAGCUCACAACUGUUGCGCCUUUGGAGCUGCCCGCAGGCACUUUAGAUGCUGCGGGUUAUCACUAUGACACACCUGCUGAUGCCGCCGACUUGUCACCUGUUGUUGUGGGUGAAUAUUUGCCACCGCUGGAUGACAAUGCUGUGUUGGAAUCCUUGCCAGGCAGCGAUGAAAGCGCCGCACUCUUAGCUGAUGGUUAUCACUAUCGCGCCAUACGUCGUCUGCGUCAUUGA